GACUUGAUGUGUGUGUAGUACAAAAACACAUCAAAGAAAAAAAAAAGUUUCUUUGAGACAAAGCAAUAGCAAAUGGCUUCAUUUAGCUAUUUGAUGGGUGUUUUGGUAUUAUGUAUAAUCAUAGGCUGUGGAAAUGCUCAAUUGGAACUUAAUUUCUAUGCUAAAAGCUGUCCAAAAGCAGAGAAAAUUAUUAAAGAUUUUGUUCAGCAACAAGUUCCUAAGGCUCCAAAUACUGCAGCAGCUAUACUCAGAAUGCAUUUCCAUGAUUGCUUUGUCAGGGGUUGUGAUGGAUCUGUACUUCUUAAUUUCACUUCAAGUACUGGAAACCAAACUGAAAAACAAGCUAAUCCUAAUCUGACAUUGAGGGGUUUCUCAUUCAUUGAUGCUGUUAAGAGAUUAGUUGAAGCUGAAUGCCCUGGAGUUGUUUCUUGUGCUGAUAUUAUCGCAUUGGUUGCUAGAGACGCAGUUGUGGUCACAGGAGGUCCUUUUUGGAAUGUGCCAACCGGUAGAAGAGAUGGAACGAUAUCCAAUGUCUCGGAAGCCAAUGCUGAUAUCCCUGCUCCAACUAGUAACUUCACCAGACUACAACAAUCUUUCGCGAAGAAGGGUCUUGAUCUAAAGGACCUGGUCCUUUUAUCAGGCGCCCAUACCAUUGGAGUGUCUCGUUGCUCCUCAUUUUCGGAGCGUCUAUACAAUUUCACUGGUGUUCUUGGUACACAAGAUCCAUCUCUAGACAGCGAAUACGCAGAUAAUCUCAAGUCAAGAAAAUGCAGAUCGAUUAACGACAAUACCACUAUAGUUGAGAUGGAUCCAGGUAGUUUCAAGACAUUCGAUCUUAGUUACUUCAAGCUUUUGCUCAAAAGGAGAGGUCUAUUCCAAUCCGAUGCAGCAUUGACAACACGUACCACAACGAAAUCAUUUAUCGAACAACUUGUCGAUGGACCGCUCAACGAAUUCUUCGCCGAAUUUGGUAAAUCCAUGGAGAAAAUGGGGAGAGUUGAAGUUAAGACGGGCAGUGCUGGUGAAAUCAGGAAGCAUUGUGCAUUUGUGAAUAAUUGAAAUUAAGUUCUAGUGAUUUUGUGGUUGUAUUUAUUAUUUAUGUGUCCUCUGAGUGAAUUGUUUGAUUGGUGUAAUAUUAUGUAUCAUGUACUUUUAUAUUUAUUUCAUUUUAAUUUUGCA